AUGGCUGCUGGUGGUGAAGGUUUACUUGCCGUUAUGGGCCAACGUACUACUGGACAAUCAAUUCGAACACAAAAUGUCAUGGCAGCAUCAGCUGUUGCGAACAUUGUGAAAUCGUCUUUGGGACCAGUUGGACUUGAUAAAAUGCUUGUUGAUGAAGUUGGAGAUGUAACAGUAACAAAUGACGGUGCGACUAUUCUCAAGUUAAUGGAGGUUGAGCAUCCCGCAGCGAAAGUUCUCGUCGAAUUGGCUCAGUUACAAGAUGAAGAGGUUGGUGAUGGGACAACAUCAGUGGUUAUUGUGGCAGCAGAGUUACUGAAAUGUGCCGAUAUGUUGGUCAAACAACGUAUACACCCCACAACUGUUAUCAAUGGAUAUCGUUUGGCUUGUAAAGAAUCUGUGCGGUAUAUGCAGGAUAAUUUAUCAUUCGGAUCUAAGGAUAUUGGUCGGCAUUCUAUUCUUGGUACUGCUAAAACUGCAAUGUCUUCAAAAGUCAUUGGACCAGAUGCCGAAUUUUUUUCCGAGAUGGUGGUUGAAGCCGCUGAGCUCUCGAAAGUUAUAGAUAGCCAGGGGAAGGUCACUUACCCUGUCACGAAUAUUAACGUGUUAAAAGCUCAUGGAAAAUCAGUUCGUGAAAGUAUUUUAAUCAAAGGCUAUGCUUUAAACUGCACUGUUGCUAGUCAAGCUAUGCCCCGUGUUAUACACAAUGCAAAAAUUGCAUGUCUGGACUUCUCGCUUCAAAAAGUCAAAAUGCAUUUGGGAAUAUCUGUCGUAGUUGAAGACCCAUUAAAAUUAGAAUCAUUUCGCCGCGAAGAAUCUGAAAUAACAAAGCAGAGAGUGGACAAAAUUUUGAAAGCUGGAGCGAAUGUUGUUUUAACUACUGGUGGUAUCGAUGAUUUUUGUUUGAAACAGUUUGUGGAAGCGGGGGCAAUGGCUGUUCGACGAUGCAAGAAAAUUGAUUUGAAGCGGAUUUCCAGAGCCACUGGAGCUGCAUUAAUAUCAUCUUUGGCAACAUUGGAAGGUAUUGAAGCUUUCGAACCAUCUCAGCUCGGCACAGCUGAUGAAGUAGUUCAGGAAAGAAUUUCAGAUAAUGAGCUCAUAAUUAUCAGAGGAUCAAAAACACGAACUUCGUCCUCGAUCAUUCUUCGCGGACCAAAUGAUGUAAUGCUCGAUGAGAUGGAACGAUCAGUACAUGAUUCAUUGUGUGUUGUUCAGCGAGUACUGGAAAGCAAUAAAUUGGUUGUCGGUGGUGGGGCAGUAGAAGCAGGGCUCAAUGUCUAUCUUGAGGCAUUUGCUACUACUCUGUCAAGUCGAGAACAGCUUGCGGUGGCUGAAUUCGCAAAUGCGCUGUUAAUCAUUCCUAAAGUCCUUGCUACAAAUGCUGCAAAAGAUUCAACUGAGUUGGUGGCUAAAUUGCGCGCAUUCCACAGUAAAGCUCAACAGAUGAGAGAACUUACCCAUCUUAAAUGGGCUGGCUUAGAUUUGGAAAACGGUGAGGUACGUGAUAACAAGGAAGCAGGUGUGCUGGAACCGUUAGUGAGUAAAGUGAAGUGCUUGAAAUUUGCAACCGAGGCUGCAAUAACUAUCCUUCGCAUUGAUGACCUUAUCAAGCUGGAUAAGCAACAGCAGCAACGUAGACAUGAUGAUGAAGAUAUAUAG